AUGAAGUUCUCCCUCGCCGUCUUGGCCCUGGCUGGCGUUGUCGCCGCCGGCGACUAUCCCGCUCCUGACCCCCCGGUCUAUGAGCCUCCUGCUGAGUCUCACCCCGUUUAUGAGCCUCCCAAGGAGUCGUACCCUCCCGUCGAGCCUCCCAAGGAGUCUCACCCGGUCUACGAGCCUCCUGUCGAGUCUCAUCCCGUCUAUGAGCCUCCCAAAGAGUCCCACCCCGUCUAUGAGCCUCCCAAGGAGUCCCACCCCGUCUACGAGCCUCCCAAGGAGUCCCACCCCGUCUACGAGCCUCCCAAAGAGUCGUACUCCCCUCCUCCCCCUCACGAGUACCCUCCCCCCGAGCAUGUCACGGUCACUACCGAAUACGAGAUCACGAUCACUUCGCUCUGCCCCACCACCGAGACCAUCACCGAGCACGGCACAACCUACUACAACACGUACACGACUACCGACACGAUCGUGACCAAGGUCUACACGACCCUGUAUGAGACCGUCAAGAAGCCUGACGUGACCCACGUUGAGAAGGCCACCGACUACAUCACCAAGACCAUCGAGAAGCCUGUCACCGAGACCAAGUACAUUGACGGGCACACCACUGUCAUCACCCACAUUGAGACUCAGAUCGUCACCGAGCACGUGCCUGUCACCAAGGUCCACGAAGUUCCUGGCCCUGAUGUCACCUCCAUCGACAAAGAGGUCGAGUACCAGACCAAGACGAUUGAGGUCCCCGUUUACCAGACCUCCGUCAUUGACGGCAAGACGGUUGUCCAGACUCACUACAAGACGGAAGUCAUCACGACGCACGUCCCCGUCACGCACAUCAAGACGGUUCAGAAGCCUGAUGUCACCAAGACUGCCGAGGCGGUCAUCUACACAACUAUCCAGGGCGAGCAGGCCGUGACCGUCACUCACUACGAGGAGGGUGAGACGAUUCACAUCCAGCCCACCGAGGUUGUCCACCCCGAGCCCAGCACCUUCACCGAGGUUGUUGUCCCUCCCCCUACGACCGUCUCUGAGCCCGCCGUCACCGUCCCCGCCACGACUGCGCCCGAGACCGUCCCCACGGCCGCUGCUCAAGCCAACCAGGCUCCCGUGAUUGCCAUGGUGGCCGGUAUCGCUGGUGCCAUUGCUCUCCUCUAA